AUGAAGCAGCAGCUGAUAAGGCACAUUGGCGCGUGGCCGAAGAACAGUAUUAACCGGCUAUCGCUUUGGUUUCCUCCAAAUCACAAACAUCCGGAUGUUUCUGGUGGAGUCGUGGACUCCGGCGAGAACUCUGCAGAAGCGUUGCUCGCCGGAGAGUUGUCUGAUGGCCGACGGGCCUCGGUGCAAGUUCCGAAAGGGUUCAUAGCAGUAUACGUCGGCCCCGAGCUUCGCAGGUUUGUGAUUCCUAUGAGUUGCUUGUCGUCGCCAGAUUUUAGGGUUUUGAUGGAUAGGGUGGCAGAGGAGUAUGGAUUUGAACAAGAAGGUGCACUUAGAAUUCCUUGUGAUGCACAAGAUUUUGAGCAUAUUUUGGUCAGGUAUCUGGCAAACAUCAAGAAGAAUGAGAAGAAGAUCAGAAAAUAG